UUCCCUAAACCCACCCCCUCCUUCAAAGCCAUUCUCUGAAGAAACAAACCCCAAACUUUCCCUAGCUUCUUCUGCCCAGUUUUGCCGCCGCCGUCGUGGUUGUCGGCGCCUCUGUGACUUCCUCCUUCCCCCUGUCCCAAACCCACAACUUAUGCUCCAUCUCCCUUUCGUUCCUAACCGUGGUUCUUCUCAACCCCUGUUCGUACUUCGCUCUUUUCUUCCCCGCUCGGUGUCCAUUCUCCAUCGUCUUCAUCCUGUGCGCCGUCAUCUUGUCGCCCAUGUUCCCGAUUCUAGGAUUUUCCCCGUUCCUGAUUCGAUUUGGGAACCCGAGGCGCUAGGGUUUCUGCGCCCUGCUAGAUUCGAUUCUUUCUUUCUCCUCCUCCAAGAAUUCAAGAUGUUUUGGCGCUUGGCUGGCUUGUCUACUGCGUCUCCUAGUGAUCAGAGCUUUGCCAUGAUGGAAGUAUUAAUCAAGAAGCAGUUGCUGAUAACGAUGUAUCUGGCUACAAGGAUGUGAAGGACAUGGAGUGGGUUAAAAACAAAUUUUCAGUGAAAUCAUCAGUAGGAAAAGAAGAUCUCUAAAGGUAGUUGAUAAUAGGAACAUGUUUUUCAUCUUUGAGUUGUACAAUUAAAAUAUAUAGUUCUUGUUAAUUGUU